AUGGCGAUCUCGGGUCUUUUUUUCGUGAGCGAGCGUCAAGAGGUCCAUCGGCCGGGCUCAAGCGCCGGAUUGGGGUUGGGGGAUCACGUAACGAGGAGUCCAAACAUUCCCGGGUCGGGGAGGGUUCCUGCAGAAAAGAAUGGUGCUGAGUACCUACACAAGGGAUCUACACUCAGGCUAGCUAGCAGGUCAUCUAGAGUACGGUAG